AUGGAGACCGAAGAAUCUGGUGGGGCUGGAGCUCUUCUGGGCCCCCACGCAGAGCCCCGUGUGACUCAGGUUGACUAUUUCGUUGACUGUCACUAUUCUAUGCCUGAUGACCGGCUAUGGUUGAUUGGCGGCACAGCUGCAGGGACGUUAGGUUACUUCCCUCUAAGAAAUGAUCAUGCAGGAGCAAUAGGUCCAGCCGAAGCAAUCCUUGAAGGAGGCCAUACAGGAGUUGUUAGGUCCGUGUACCCCUCUGCAGGAAUCCAUGAGAGCCUUGGGCAAAACAGGGGCAUCUUUGGAUGGACAGGAGGUGAAGAUGGUCGUUUGUGCUGCUGGCGCUCUGACGAAAUUGCAGAGAUAAACAAAUCUUGGAUCUCUAGUUCACUAGUGUGGAAGCAGCAAAAGAAAACCAAGAAUCGGCAUCAGCCCUACUAG